CCGCGCGCUCAGGGCCGGCGGGAGACGGCGGCGGCGCAACCCUGCAGGAUACAAACAGAUUAAUGAAACCAAACCUUAACCCCUCUUUCAAAAUGAAAUGCGAUUUUGAUUGUACGUCUCUUCCUGCUGGGUUUGCACCACUGAAGUCUACUGUGGAGAAAACAAGACUGGAAGAAUCCUGCUCCUUGAAUUGUAAGGAAGACUUUUGUAAAAGCUGUGCUGAAGAGCAUCAGAAAAUACUCCUUAGUGACUCAUACCAUGCGGCCACCAGAAAUCUAGACCUUGAAGAUGAAGGAAGACCUAUACACAACAAAGAAAACAAACAACUAACCCAGACACUUGAUGAAGGUAUCUAUGAAAUGGAGGCACUGGAAAACAGUAAAUUUAAUGAGGACAGUGGUUAUUCCUCUAUGUUAAGUAACCAAUACGCUGAUGCAGUAGAACAUGACGAUAGUAUACCUUUGGCUGGGAAUCUCUGUGACACACCAAAGCAUUGUUUCAAGAACCAAAACCAAGCACAGUUUUCAAAGAAGACUUUGUUGCCAGUAAUCCAUUAUGAAGAAAUGAUUUGCUCAACUUUGAAAAAAAAUGGGAAAAGAAAUCUCAAGUCUUGGGCUGUGGUAGACAGAAUUGUUUUUAGAGGAAAGGUUGAACUUUGUAACCUAAUUGGAAAGAAAAUGGGAUUAGACACGAUAGACAUUCUUGCUGAACUCUUCCAAAAGAACCUGAAGCAUAUAUUAGCAAACAUCUUAAGGCAUCUCGGUGAGAUGGAUUUAGUAAAUUUUGCCAAGGUCAGCACAACAUGGCAGAAGAUUCUACAGGAAGAUAAAUGUAUUUUCCAAAUAUAUAGUAAAGCUGUGAAAAACCUUUCUAAUGGCGCUAAGGCAUCAGAACAUGUUGCAACAAGGGAAUAUGUUCUCUACCGAGCGGCUCUAGCUUCCAUUCAGAAAGCAACCCCUCCAAAAAACUUGAGUAAAAAAGGCACCAGAUCCAAAGCAUCUAAGAAUCACAGCAGGCUCAUGGAGUUUUCUGAGGUGACUAGUUGUCCUUAA